GCGAGGUGCCCGGCCGCGUUCCACACGCCGCUCGCCUAACCUAGCCGUCUUGGGUAAAUGCGAGGAAUUGCAGCUGAUGCAGCAGACGUGGGUGGUGCGUUCAGCCAGCAGCAGCAAGCUUUCCACCUCGAACAGGUAGUCAGUCACGAGUCUCGGACCUCCGUUCACAUUCAUUCUUGCGUUGACCCACAACAUCAUCAUACGAAUAACGAUUCAGCACAUCCAAAGGGCGCGAUCCAAGCGGGCUCUGUGGAUCGUUUGAGGCUGAUCAAAGCUGGAUCAGGCACACAGCGGCUCCAUCAGAGUCGCGCCGACAUCAAAGCUAUCGCCGCCCCAGUCGCGCACUUUCUCGCUGGGCGUCAUCACCGCAAUUGCUGGCCCGGAUCGGCGGCGACCGCGCGCCCGACUUGGUCUCGUCCACGAUCAUCAAAGCUUCGGUGGCAUCACGACGUGCUGGAACCACUUGCAUCGGCUCUCUUACAUUAUUCGAUCACCUCACAGACAGCAUCCCAACGACAGCCACGCAGCAGCUCCCUGCUCCGCUCUGAUCUCGUCUCGUCAGAAUCCUUCGGCCAAGCCCUCGCGGCUCGACCCUGUCACGGCUAUUCAUACCGAGCGCCAGCGCCUCUGCAAGACUUCCCCGACCUCGAGUCUCAACUCAUGCAUGCGCUUCUUCUCUGGAUGAGCCCUUAGCCUUCCAAAGAUAUUUAUCAGUAUCCUGGUCAAUUGUCUCCACCGCCGAGGCAUUGCGACGCCCCCCCACCGUCGCUUGCAUCCAGAGACGGAUGUUUCGCACGCAAAAGCA